CAGACGGAACAACAAGAGGCCUCUUGCCUCAUCCACUGCCGGACUGAAUUGACGCUGUGGGCCGAGGCAGCGUCGACCGUGUCCCCUCCCUCUGUGGCCAGACGACGACGAGCUCAGGUGACAGGUCGCCGUGCAGACUCGGAGCAUCUGGGAGGCAUCGCGCUGAUGUGGGUGGGGUCGCUUUGAUGCGCAACCAGACAGCAAUGUGCUCUGCACAAAGUGCAUUCGAACUUGAGUAAGAACCCAGCAGGCUGCAGGAGGAGGGAGUGGGAGGCGAGUGGGCUCUGUUUCUCAGUCUGAAGCAGGAGAUCGGCGAGAUACCCUCAGCAGAGCAUUACAUAAAGCCGCGAGGGGGAACAACCCGGACUGCACAGAAACCGAGAGUGCGCGGGGCAGAACGGGUCCGAGCACUUGCAGGUCUCCGAGACGUGAGUAGGUCGGUUUAUUCGCGCGUUUAUCCCCAGAUUCUGAGCGUUUCCGUGCGUCGCCCAUCACCAUGGCAUGGCCGUGCAUCACCCGUGCCUGCUGCAUCAACCGCUUCUGGACCGAGCUGGACAAAGGGGACAUCGCGGUGCCUCUGGUUUUCACCAAAUACGCGGAUGUGGCCGACGUGCAGCAUCUGCAUCACCCGCAGCCGAAGCAGAGGGCCGGUGCCAUUGCCAUAGAAACCCAGCCCCAUCACGGCGAGCAGGAGGCUGCGAAGGCACCGCCCGCGACGGGCGCCGCAGCGGGCAAAGAUGGCUCUGCCGCGUCCGUCAUGCGCCAAGACUUCAAGGCGUGGAGCGUGCGCCCCGAGCCCAGCUGCAAACCCCGGAACGAGUACCAGCCCUCGGCGACCCCGUUCAUCACCAAGACGCAGUAUCAGAAGGACUACAAACCCUGGCCUAUCGCGAAGAAACACGACCACCCGUGGAUCCCCAAGCCCAGCCCCUCCUCCUCCGCCGCCGAGCGCAGCGCAGGGGCCGGGCAGCAGGAGCCUGCGGCCCCCGAGGCCCCCGAGGCCGAGAGCGGCGUGGAGAAGUGCGAGAUCGAGGAGAAGACGCAGGUGAAGGAGUCGAAGGAGGCGCCGAAGAGAAGCGUGAAGAGGGAGAAGUCCGCAGAGAGGAAGCCGGCGGAGAAGUCGGAGGCGCAGAUGCCCGCGGACGCGAGCGCGGAGCAGCGGAAAGGCAGAGAGGCCGCGGACGCUCUCAACAGACAGAUCAAGCAGGUGAUGUCGACUUCCAGCAGCUACAGGACCGAGUUCAAGGCCUAUAAGGACGUGAAACUGGUGAAGCCCAUCAAAGCUCCAGUUCAGUAUAAACCCCCCGUGGAGGAGACCAGCCUGGAGACCAGCUACAGUGCCACGUACAAGGGGGAGCAGGUGAAGGCUCAGCCCGCGGACAACAAGCUGGUGGAGCGCAGGAGGAUACGCAGCCUGUACAGCGAGCCCAGCAAGGAGCCCGCCAAGGGGGAUAAACCAGUGUCUCGCACCAAACCAAAAAAGACGCCAACAACAACAACAGGAAAGAUGGUGAAAAAAGCAAAAGAGAAGCAGAUUGCUAGUUCCCUGUCAGCCAAGAAGAAACCUUCUCUGGCCGCUCCAGAACCCAAACCAGAGGGAGUCGUCACAAAGAAGAGCAAAGAGAUCAGCAACAGACUGGCGGAAGCAAAGCAGUAAAAGUUUCACCUCUACACCUUCAUGUGCUUCAACAAAGGUCACAGGAAGAAUUAGGCAAAUCUCUUCCCUUUGGUUUAGUUCCUGGCCUGUUGUUUUUGCUGUCCUGUCACAUAUUGUUCAACCUUGAAUUGAAUGGGCACCGAUGAUGAGCUUUUAGAAUAAUGCAAAUAAUGUCAUUGUAAUGUGUGUGUGUGUGUGUGUAUGUGUGUGUGUGUCAGAGAGGGAGAGAGAGAGAGAGAAUAUGUGAUUGCGUGUUUUGGUGCACAGAAACCGCUUUAUAUUAAUUGAGCACAUAAUUUGCACAUUAUUUAUAUGAGUUCUGUUUGACGUCAAACUAUAAAAAAAGAGCCUUCUGUACACAUGUUAUAUGUGUAUGAAAGGGCAUUUUUACCUUUGUCUGAAUGGAUGACGAUUUGAGAUCAACACUAAAAUGAUUGUAGAAAUUUGUCAAGGGGAAGCUUAUUCUCUGAGACUGUAUCUCACGGGAGGUUUUGUUAAAAUACAAAAUCUGUUUUACGGUUGCAUUCCUAGUUACAGUGCCUCCGCUCUAAGGUCCUGGUUUUCAUUUCAUUGUUCUGGAUGAUAUCUGGUUUCAUCAGUUUGGUUGCUAAGAAACCAAAAUGACCUGUAAUAUAAUUGCUGAAGCUUUGCAUGCAAGACCCCCAUUUUUGGUUGAGAAGCAACAUUUUAGCAGACUAUACUGUAUGUCACAGUCACAUUUUAACUUGUAAAUCUAGCCAUCAAAGAUACAUGUUUAGGGGCGAGACCUUUUCCAAUAUAAUGCAUGUGUAGUAAUAGACUGAUCACACCAAAAGGUACAUACAGUAAAAAAAAAUCAUAGUCUAGUGGCUGUUAAAGCUAUGAAAUAAACACACCAGCAAUAUGGUUUCACCCACAAACACAUUUCUUGCAAUUUAAAUGGAGACCCACUCCUUUAAUCUAAGAGGAACACUGCAGUCCUUACAAUGACUCAGUAUUUUGUGGCAUUGUACUCCAUCCUCUCCUCUGAGCUGCGAUGCUGUAAUUGUGUUAAAAUAAGAAACUAAAGAUGCACAAAGGCUUGAAAAGCUUAUCGUCUUAACUCAGUGGCUUUCACUCUGAAUUGGCCGACCUCUCCAGGUGUUGAAAGACAAGUAAUGGGCCAGAACUUGAAGUUCAGCUCCUACAAAAUGCUGCUGCCUGAAUAUGCGCAAAAAUCCCAUCUGUUCAUCAGGACGUGUUUUCACUAAAACGCCAUCACACCCUGUCCCUCUCUGGUCGUAAACGUAUAACGUCAGUCGUCUGCCAUGAGAUCCUUUAGCAGCCUGAGGUGUGUGAGGGCCCAGCUGAGCCGCUAUCCACCGUGAGCCUGCCUCUGGUUUAAGCGUGUGUGUGUGUGUGUGUGUGCGUGAGAUGUUUUGUGUGAACACUACAGCCUGCUGCCUGCUAACAUCAAGUCUGACCCCCACCACAAGAAGUGCUGCUGUGCACUCCAACACCCUGGUGCUAUAUCUCUCAUCGUAUAUAUGCUGUCUGGUUCGGACCGCGCGUGGCGUCAGACCAGAGUGAAAUGAUGAAAUGACAAUGUCAUACUGCUGCACACAUUUUGUGACGUUGUGCUCAUGUGCUCAGCUUGUUCUGAACCAACUCCAAUUAAAAUGAUGAAACAGAA